AUGCGGGGAUCCGGCUCACGUCCCGCGCACAGAGAGCGGGUGCAGUUGGCUAAGACCUUUGGAUUUCGGAGCGUCUACCUCCCCGGGGGCUCCGGAGAUGGGGUUCCCACCCUACGCAUCGAAACACCAUGCCUGGGAGGGAACCGCCUCUGUCUGCGCUUUCCUUUGGAGCCGACCAUAGUGCAGGGACUUUCCCUAAUGGAUGGGGAUCGGCGGUCCCUCCACCACUCCGGCGUCUGCCCCGGGGGUCGGUUCGCUGCUCAGCCCGGCACAGCCCGGAGUCGGAGGCUGGAGCGCGCCGACGACGCCGGAGGGCCGGGGAACAGACACUGGCGUGGCCCUCCGCCCCAAGGGUGGGCAGCCUGUGCCUUGGCCGGGGCGCGCCGAGGCCACUGGACAGCCCUUCCCCCAGCGCGGCCGGCCGCCAGGGGGAACACCCCACCCUUCGGCUGCUCGCUCCUUCCCCUGCCCCCAGCGCACCCGCUUCUCCUGCCCCAGCCUCCGCGAGACUCACUCCGCCCGCAGCUCCGCCGAGUCGCUCUGGGCGCUGCAGCGGCUGAAGCCGCCGGAGCUGCGCGCUCGCCAGGACGCAGACGGCUGCAGAAGUUGGGGCAGCCCCGGUGCAGCGGCACUACGAAUGGCUCGGGUGGCCUGGACACCGAGGACACGAACGAGGCGGGCGGCCGGGAUAGCUGGCAGCCUGAGGCGGCCGUCGUGCCCAUGCUAUCUGCGCUCAUCUUCCUCGUGGGCACCAUAGGCAGCUCACUGGUGCUGGCCGUGCUGCUUCGUGGUGGCCAGGCGGUCAGCACCACCAACCUGUUCAUCCUCAACCUGAGCGUGGCCGACUUGUGUUUCAUCGUGUGCUGCGUGCCCUUCCAGGCCACCAUCUACACCCUGGACGACUGGGUGUUCGGCUCGCUGCUCUGCGAGGCGGUGCACUGCCUCAUCUUCCUCACCGCGCAUGCCAGCAGCUUCACACUGGCCGCCGUCUCCCUGGACAGGUAUCUGGCCAUCCGCUACCCGCUGCACUCCCGCGAGCUGCGCACGCCUCGCAACGCCCUGGCGGCCAUCGGGCUCAUCUGGGGGCUGUCGCUGCUCUUUUCCGGGCACCUGAGUUACUACCGCCAGUUACGGUUAGCCAACCUGACCGUGUGCCACCCGGCGUGGAGCGCGCCUCGCCGCCGCGCCAUGGACCUCUGCACCUUUGUCUUCAGCUACCUGCUGCCCGUGCUGGUGCUCGGCCUGACCUACGCGCGCACCCUGCGCUACCUCUGGCGCGCCGUCGACCCGGCGGCCGCCGGCUCGGGCGCCCGGCGCGCCGAGCGCAAAUUGACGCGUAUGAUCAUCAUCGUGGCCGCGCUCUUCUGCCUCUGUUGGAUGCCUCACCACGCACCACUCUGCGUGUGGUUCGGCCGCUUCCCCCUUACGCGCGCUACCUACGCGCUGCGUAUCCUCUCGCACCUCGUCUCCUACUCCAACUCCUGCGUCAAUCCUAUCGUCUACGCUCUCGUCUCCAAGCACUUCCGCAAGGGCUUCCGCAAGAUCUGCGCGGGCCUGUUGCGCCGCGCCCCGCGCAGAGCCUCCGGCCGCAUGUGCGUCGCGGCCCAGGGCACCCACAACGGCAGCGUGCUGGAGCGCGAGUCCACCGACGUAACGCACGUGAGUGAGGCAGCCGGGCCCUCUGCUCCUGCGCCGGCGCCUCUUAGCUGCCAGUCCUCGAGCUUGGUUCCCAGCCUGCCCUGGCGGGACCAAAAGGCUCCCAAAGCCAUCUUGACAGUUAAUGUGGUGGAAAUGGAGCAGGACCGGGAAGCCUAUAGGCAGGUGCCAGGUGGGCGGGGCUGGGUCCUGAGCUUUGUCUUCAGGUAUUUGCUGAACCUGGGGUGGGGGUGUGCCAAGUCCAAGGCUCCAGGGUUGGUGCGCAGAACAGCUGCCUCCGACGAACUGCCCAGUCGCUCAGAGAAGUGA